GAGGGGAUCUGAGGAGGGACAACAGGAGGGAGGGAAGCUGAGAAGCUUACAGUCAAGUCAGGAAGACAAAUAAGUCAGGGAACUAAAAUAAGAAACAAACAGCUAAAUGUGAAAAACCCAGAAAAAAAUAAUUCAGGGUUGAUUGUGGUUUGGGAAGGAACCCAAGUUUAAGAUCAUGUUCAGGGAAAGACCACAUCCAGCUUGAGUAUCUGCAAGGGUAUUCAAACUAGGCUUUUCCAUCCUGGCAACCUGUCCCCGUGCCUCACUCACUCCCUUGCUAUGGAGAGGUGGCUUCUCUAUGUCUGUUUGGAAUUUUGCUUUUCACAUCUUGUGGCUGACAGCUCUCAUGCUUUGGCUGUACCCUCUGAGGAGACACUGGACACAGCCCUCCCUACACAGGCCCCAGGAAAGGGAAAUGAUGGCUUCCCUUGACUUGGUGGCCCCCUCAAUGUGUAGCCUUUGAACUGCAGUAGUGUUAGGACACUAAACACAUUUAUAUGGCACGUGCAACUGAGCCAGGAACAGGUUUGGAGGUGCCACUGGCCACCCCGGGCCUGGCAGUCUCACCUCUUGGCCAUGUGGCAGUCCCUGGCCAGCCCACAAGGCCCCACUUGCUCACACAGGUGCCAGAGGAAACAGGUUUAAAGUUUGGUUGGGUCAGGGUGGACAACAGUCACUGUUCCCUCACUCCCAGGGAAUAAUGAAAAACAGUUCCCUGGGACAUAUAAACACCUCCUUGGUUUUUUAUAUUUUUUGCCUUCUGUUUCCAUUAGGGGUUUGUGAAGGUAAAGACUGAUAAGAUACAGUUAUGUGUCAUAUCACAACCAGCAGAGCUUUCUUCAGCUGUUUGCAUUAAAGCUUUUUGUAUUGUUUUAACUAUUUUGUGCAAAUAAACUGAAGGCACUUUGUAUACACCAAGUGCAAACAAACUGACAGUGCUCCUUAAGCUGGGGCCCACCUUGUGGCUGUUGUUCUAAAUCUAAAUCUUAACGUAAUUUCCUAAAUCAAACAAAGAAUGAGAUAAAAGGAACACCAUAAGCAUGAGUCCAGCUGUGACAAGGCACAUCACCAGCCAUGGUCAGUUGUGGGAACCCCUGGUGUGCUGGUGUGAUGGAAAGUGCCUCAGAGCAGGACUAGGGGGUGAGCGCUGCCUGAGCAGUGUCAGCCCUGGUAUCCAAACUGCUGGGGCUUAGCUAGAAGUGUCAAAGCUCAGAUGAGAAGAUUCUGUCCAAGAAGCCCUGGGUGGAGAAGAAAUAGAGCUGUAGAGUCAUGAGGAAGACAUGAGGUGCAAGGCCACCGCCAUCUGGAUAACAGCAUGGCCUAGGAAAUAGCAUAUGGAAUGCCAGAGCUGGCUAUAGGUAUAAUAGAUUUGGGAUCCCUGAAACCUGUAUGUAAAAGAAAAAACUACCAUUCGAGUCAGCGAGUUUGAGGCAUUGCCUAAUGCUGACAGAUAGUCUUUAAAUGAGAUAGCUGCAUACUGAGAGCAUUGAUCUUUUUGAACUUUUGUGGCAUUUCACCAUGAUCCAUAAAACAGUUACAAAAAGCUGCUUUCAUUAGGGCAUGGGUUCUUUGUUGCCUCCUUCCCAUCCUUUGGCCAGUUGCUGUGGCCCUGCAGAGAAGCAUGUCCAGUAUAUGUGAUGCCAUGCACACUGCAAGGUUGCUCAUAUAUACCUCAGCCAUAUGAAAUUCCCUCAGUUCUCACUAUUACAUAGAGAAAUUACUUUCUCUGAAUAAUAGUCUGUUCUAGAGUUCAAGCUGUUACCAUUUCUACAAAUCACCCUUUGAGAGAGGUACUGGCACUCUGUGAAGGAUAGAAGGCAUGUAGUUAUGCACUGCCUAUGAUUGUCCAUGAGCUCUGCCUUAACAGAAAUCACUUAAAGCUCAGGUUACUCUAUAAGCACCUGGAGCUGGCAGCAGCUCCUGUGAGUACUGGCUGGCCAGGACAUGGCCUGCAGCCAUCACAGUAGUUUCACACAGAUCCCUAAACAGCAUGGGAAAGUUCCAUCAUUGAGUAGCAGCUCAAAAAAUGUACUUGGAGUGGUGACAGAGCCUCUCCCUGGUGGUUUCUCUAGAGCUGUGCGCGGCAAUUUUAAGAUUGUGCAUAUUUUUUUGAAUGUUCAGGUGUCUCAAUACUCUGAUACAGUUUGGGAAAGCAACAAACUAUGGCUAUUGUUUAUUAAGUGCAUUAAUGCAUUCUAGAAGGCACGGAUUUGGAGAAUUUAGGCCCAAUUUCAAGUUUCUUUUAAGCUCACUCUGUUGCAGAUGAAAUAGUUCAGACAUGUAACAACCUGGCAGGAACUCAUGGCAAGGAAUAUACGGUUAAGGAAAUGAAAUAAAUGCAUUUCCAUGAAUACUCAGUGUUGCUCAUGUGUCCCUGCCAAUACAGUCCAGAGCUCAGAAAGCAGUAAUCUGGAAAGUCCAAUGUUGCGGAGUUGGCCAACCAGGAAAUAUUAAUGUAGUACUUUGAUAUUGGUGCAGCUUGCGACCCAGCUCCUGUGGGCUUGCCACACUGAAAUGAAUCUGGCUGGCUCAGCCCACCUGCCUCUGCUCCCAGGCUGUGUUUAUUAAACUAGAGCACAGCAGACACACAGUUUCUAUAGGUAACAUUUAAAGUUACCUACAUUUGACUUUCCUCAUUUCACCCACCCACCUCUUUCCUUAUUUCACUCCUACCUCUAAAACUACACACGCUCCACCCACAGAACCAUUACCUCAUAGCCUUUUAUUUCCUUUUCUUUUAGACCAAAUCUUUUAAGCAGCUUUAAAAAAAAAGAAAAAAAAAAGAAAAAAAAAAGAAAAAAAAAAGAAAAUAUUCCCCAGCACACUUAUCUCUGUUUGUAGUACCCGGAAGGAUUGCUGGGGCCAAAUCGGGCGCAAUGGAAUUUGCUGUGGGGAAACCCGCUGAUGACAGUGGAACCCGCCCGUGUGUGAAUUCCCGCGGCUCCUGCCACCCCUUUAUAAGCAGGUGGAGGUGAGGCAGGGCUGGCAGGAGCAGCAGGCAGCAGCCAGGUACUCACUGGAGCACAGCUGUGUGUGGAGAGGGAAUGAGUGGCUGCGGCAGCAAGAGCAUGGUCCUGGUUUCCCUGCUGGGGCUCCUGGCACUGCUCCUGUGGGGCACCUCGGAAGCACAAAGCAACCAGGAUUGCUGCCUGUCGUACACCAAAGUGCGUCUGCCUCGGUGGGUCCUGAAGGGUUACACUGAACAGCUCCCCAGUGAGGUCUGCGACAUCCCUGCCAUCAUUUUCCACACUGCCAGUGGGCGGAAUGCCUGUGUAAAUCCUAAGGAAGGCUGGGUGAAGAAACAUCUCCUUUUCCUGAGCCACAAGCUCAGGAAGAUGUCAGCCUGACGCAGUUUCCAGCAAGGACCAAAACACAGACAUGGCUGAAGAAGCCCUGGGUUGAGGCUCCUGGCUGAGGUGCUCACUCACCUCCAACUCUGGCUUCUUUGGAACCUGUGAACCUCUUGAGUUGAUUCAUAUUGCAUCACUGUUUUGCUUGAGUUAAGCAUGUUGUUAAAGUUUUUAUUUUUACUAAUAUGUGUAUGUUACUGAUAGAACAUGAGUACUAUUUACCUUGAGCUGUUGUACAGAGUGUGAAUUUUAUUAAGUUUAUUGCAUGUUGGUUUUGUUUUCUUCAGUAUAUGUAAAGCAGGUUAUUUAUUCUGUUUAUUUUGUUAUUGUCUUGUGCCAAAAUGUUUCAUUUAAGCAUUAUAAUACCUCUUGAACUAUUGUUAAAUAAAGUCUGU